AUGCUCACUCACAUUCCGGAGGGCAUUGGCGCCUUGACCAGGCUGCGCAAGCUGAGUCUAUCAGACUGCAAGGGGUUGAAACGGCUCCCUGCUUCUCUCACCUGCCUUGUGUGCCUGAAUGAGGUGAAUCUCUCGUCCUCCCUCAUCACCUCGCUUCCUCCCCACUUUGUGCGGCUGGCUGGACUGAGGCGGCUUAUCUUGGACGGGUGUUGGCGGUUGAGGGAGCUACCUUGGGAUAUGGCUGAGUUGAAGAUGCUGCAGUAUCUGGUUUCUUUCACACGCCUCUCUUUCAUCGCUCUCCUCGUUUUUUUCCUCAUUUCUCGCCUGUCCCUGUCUCGUCUCGAUGGGGCCCCGGCAGAUGAGGUGGAGCGCGAGGAGGAGGAGGAGGAAGAGGAGGGCGACGAUGUGAACGGGGAGGACGACGAUGAAGAGGAAGAAGAGGGGCAGGACGAGUAUGAGAAGGAUGGAUGGAUGGUGGACGGUGAUGAGGAGGAGGAGGAGGGCGGUGAAGGCGAGGAGGAGGAAGGGGGGGGCGAGGAGGGGCCGGGGAGUGACGAGGAGCGCAGGGAGAAGAAGAAGAAGAAGCGCCGGAAAAGGGAGGAGGAGGAGGACGAGUUGGAUGAGGACGACUAUGCGCUGCUGCAGGAGAGCGGUGUGGGGGGCUUUCAUCGCCCCGCCAAGGGGUUGCUGAUGGACGAUGAGGAGGACGAGGAGGGCGGUAUGCGCCCCCAGCAAUGCGUGGAGAGGGAGAUUUUUGGGGACGAGGGUGAGAGGGAUAUGGACAAUGAGGGUGAGAGGGAUAUGGACAAUGAGGGUGAGAGGGAUAUGGACAAUGAGGGUGAGAGGGAUAUGGGCAAUCAGGCUGAGAGGGAUAUGGACAAUCAGGACGUGCCUGAAGAUUUCCAGGAGAGGGAAGGCAGGGGCGAGGAGGAGGAGUUGGAGGAGGAGGACGGGGAGGAGGACGAGGAGGAAGAGGACGAGAUGGCAGACUUCAUCGUGGAAGGGGGUGUAGACGACACGGACGAGCACGGCCGGCGCCGCCGCAAGAAGAAGAAAAAGGGCACGCGCAUGCCAGGUGUCACCUCUGAGGCGCUUCUCGAGGCGCAGGAUAUUUUCGGUGACGUGGCGGAUCUUCUGGAGCGGCGGCGCGUGGAGCUGGAGAGGCAGAGGAGGGAGGGAGGGGAGGGGGGCGCGGGGGGGUACUAUUAUGAGGAUGGGAUGGGGGCGGAGGGUGGGGAGGAGUAUGGGCGGGAGGGCGCGGGCGGGGCGUCGGCGCUGUCGAAGCAGUAUGAGCCGAGCCUGCUGGAAGCUAAAUACAUGACGGAGCGGGAUGAGGCCAUUCGAGCCCGAGAUGUUCCUGAGAGGCUGCAGCUGUUGGAGGAGGUGGUGGGUGUAAUCCCUGAGAACGAGGACCAUCUACCCGAGGCCGAGUGGAUCUACGAGCGCGUGUUUGGCUCCUUAGCCCCCGACCACCUGCGGCGGGGGGAGUUCUCGUACGUCGCUGACGCUGAGAGGCGCGCUGCCACGUGCGCACGGGAGGACGUGGAGAAAUGCCGGAGAGAGGCCGUGGCGGCGCGGGACGGUGCCAUCGAGCAGAUCGCGGCUGUGCUUGAAGAGCUGCACGAUGCGAAAGUGGAGGUGCCGUACAUAGCGAUACACAAGAAGGCCAUCUGCCCGGCUCUCGUGGAGCAAGACAAGCUCGACGGGGAGCCGCAGCUGCAGCCCUUCCAGGUGUGGUCCCUUGGAUUUGCCGGGUAUUUAGACAAGCUUGACGGGGAGCCGCAGCUGCAGCCCUUCCAGGCUCUGUGGGCCAUCCAGCAGUGGGAUCGCCGCUGGCUGCUCCUGCAGCGCCGCAAGCGCUCACUGCGAUCCGCCUACGAGCGGCCGCGAGUGGACGAGGAUGAAGAAGCAGAGCGGCAGCUCGCCAUGCAAGGGGUGCUCCACGCGCUCGACUGUGCGCUCUCGGAGCCCGCCGUAGAGGACGUGGACGCCAAGUUCAACCUGCAGUUUCCGCCGGAGGAGGCUGUGGCGGAGGAGGGCGGGCGGGGAGGGGCAGGGGUGCAGCAGAGGCGGCCUCGGAAGCGGUCCAUGUACUCGGUGUGCCGGCGGGCUGGGUUGAAGGGUGUGGUGAAGCGCAUUGGGCUGUCGGCGUUCCAACUGGGCGAGAAUCUCAUCUCCAUGUACAAGGUGCGUGGGAGGAUGGUGGGAUGGGUGGGGUGUGAGAGGUGUGAGGGGUAUUGGGAUCCUCUCCUCAGAUUGCCGCCUCCUGACGGCCUCAUGGGCCGGCACAGUCAGCAACACGAGGUGGAGGACACGGCGCUAUCACCGGAGGAGGUGGCAACGGAGUACAUCUGUGCUGAAUUCCCCUCGCCUGCUCUCGUGCUCAGAGGCGCCCGCCACAUGGCGGAGGUGGAGAUAAGCAUAGAGCCCAAGGUGCGCGAGCACGUGAGGGAGAUCUUCAACAAGCGCGCCAUCGUCUCCACCAACCCCACCCCGCGCGGCCGCCAGGUGAUAGACACGUUCCACCGCUUUGCGGGCAUAGAGCGCCUCAAGGACAAGCCAGUGGGCGAGUUCCGCGACGACCAGUGGCUGCUGAUCGCCAAGGCGGAGUCGCAGGGGCUCGUGAAGGUGGAGCUGGGCCUGCCGCCGGCUGUCGUGCAGGAGAACGUGAUCCAGGGGGAUGGUGGACAAGCCAAGCCGGUAGGCGAGUUCAGAGACGACCAGUGGCUGCUCAUCGCCAAGGCGGAGGCGCAUGGGCUCGUGCAGGUGGAGCUGGGCCUGCCGCCCGCUGUGGUGCAGGAAAAUGUGAUUCAGGGGGAUGGAGGACAUUCGGUGGGCGAGUUCCGCGACGACCAGUGGCUGCUGAUCGCCAAGGCUGAAUCGCAGGGGCUCGUGCAGGUGGAGCUGGGGCUGCCUCCCACUGUGGAGUUUGAAGCCGGCCUGCCUUUCCUACUGCUCCUCCCACUUCGCCUCGCUCAUCUCAUGCCCCCUCUUUUGUCGGAGUCAGAAGCACCAAGAUCCAUUAGGCUGCUCCCCUGCUCGCCCACCCCCCGCGCCCCCCCCCUUCCACCUGCUCCUCCUGUUGCCGCCCUCCCACCGCCGCCUCCUCGCCUGCUGGAGUUGGAGGCGGCCUACCUCUCGGAUGGCAUCUCCCACGUGGCCUCGCUCAUCGCAUGCCAACCCGCAUUUGCCCACUUCCUGCACCCCGACUCUCCUCCGUUCCCUCAGGAGUUUGAAGCAGCCUACCUCUCAGACGGCGUCUCGCACUUCGCCUCGCUAUGGAACGAGCAGCGCCGCACCAUUCUCCGGGCGGCGAUCGCCGCCCGCUUGCUGCCGACGAUGCACAAGGAGACGCGCCUGCUGCUCACCGGCCGCGCCAAGGCAUUCGUAGCCGAGCAGUGCGCUCUCGCCCUCUGGAAACACGUCUCCGUCGCCCCCUUUGACGUCCGGGCGAAGGGGGCGGGGGGGGGUGGGGGCGGAGGGAUGGGCGGGGGCGGGGGAGGGGGCAUGCGGGGCGGCGGGGGGAGGGGCGGGAGGCAUGGGGGAGGGGAGGAGCACGGGGGAGGGGGGCAGCCGUGGCUGCGAGUGAUGGCGUGCUGCUGGGGGCCUGGUAACCCCGCGACCACCUUUGCCAUGCUGAACGCCGCAGGGGAGAUGGUGGACUUUCUCCAUACCGGCUUCCUCUGUGCUCGCACCGGCCAGCCUAAAGGGGACGCUGCAGCACUGGGGGGGGGCGCAGGGGGGGGCAUGGGUGGAGCGGGGGGGGCGGGGGGAGGGGGAGGGGGAGGGGGCGAGCAGCAGGUGAUGGUGAUGAAGAAGCGGGAGGAUGAGCGGCGGCUGAUGGCGUUUGUGAAGGAGCACAAGCCGCAUGUCGUGGUGGUGGGCGGGGCUAACCUUGCGUGUGAACGGCUGAAAGAUGAGAUCUGGGAGGUGAUAUUCAAGAUCGUGGAGCACUUCCCUCGCGACCUCACAUCUGAUGUCGACAACGUCCGUGUGGUGUUUCAAGACGAGACACUCGCGCUGCUGUACGAGAAUUCCGCCAUCUCGCAGGAGCACCUGCCCUCGCAGCCAGGCAUAGUGCGGCGCACGGUAGGGCUCGGGCGCUAUAUGCAGAACCGGCUGGCGCUGGCGGCGUGUCUGUUUGGGCCGGCGAGGGAGGUGCUAUCUGCCAAGUUCCACCGCUCUCAGGACCUGCUGCCGCCUGAUGACGUGUACGACGCACUUGAACGCGUCAUGGUUACCGUCACCAACCAGGUGGGAGUGGAUGUGAACUAUGCGGCACAGGAGGCGCAGGAUUGGCUCUUUGCACCGCUGCAGUUCGUGUGCGGCCUCGGACCCAGAAAGGCCUCCACGCUUAAAGUGCGCAUACUGGGGGAGGGCGUGGUGCGGCGCCGCAAGGACCUCAUCGACCCGCCCUUCCUGCUCGACCAGGUCGUGUUCAUCAACGCAGCAGCAUUCAUCCGGGUGAGAGGGCAAGAUGACAUGCUGGAUGAUUCACGAAUUCACCCGGCAGACUACCGUCUGGCGCUCAAAGUGGCAACAGACGGCUACUGCGAGGCCCACCGCGGCAUGACGCCGCACAGCGUGGAGGAGCGCGGCAUAGAUGUGGUCCUCGAGGCUCGGGACAACCCGGACCUGAUCCGCAGGCUCGAUUUCGAGGACUACGCGGUGAUGCUGGCUCGGAAGGGGCAGGGCGGGCUGAAGGAGAAGCUGCUGCUGAUUCGCCGCGAGCUCAUGCACGGAUUUGCUGAGUGCCGGGUUCAGUUUGAGUCGCUGAAUGCGGACGAGCAGUUCUGGCUGCUGAGUGGGGAGACGGAGGAGAGUCUUGCGGUGGGGAAGGUGGUGACUGCGACGGUGAAGCGCGUGCUGAAGUUCAAGGUGUUGUGUGCGUUGGAGAGCGGUGUGCUGGGCGAGGUGGACCGGAGGGAUUUCAGUGACGACCCGAAUGUGGAGCUGAGGGAUGUGGUGAGCGAGGGGCAGCCGCUCACAUGCCGCAUCAAGGAAGUGAAGACAGAGGAAGCUAAGGUGAUCCUAACAUGCAAGGGCAGCGAUCUGAGGAGCAGCGAGUGGAGGGAGAUGCGGCAGUGGGACCCGUACUACCAGCGCGCUGCCGUGGAGCAGGAGGAGCAGGCGGCAACGGAGGAGAGGAAGCGCAAGGAGGAGGAGAAGCGCAAAACAGCCUUCCGCCCCCGCAUGAUCACCUACCCGCUCUUCCACAAUGUGUCGCUGGAAGGCGCUAAGAAGGUCCUGGCAGACAAGGACGUGGGCAGUGUGGUGAUUCGUCCCAGCAGCCGCGGCCCCACGCAUCUCAGCAUCACCAUGAAGCUACCGGGCGGGGCCUUCACACACGUGGAUGUGCACGAGGGCGGCAAGGACCGCACCAGCGCCACCAGCUUCCUGCGCCUCGGCCGCACUCUCACCAUUGGGGACGAGAGCUACGAAGACUUGGAUGAGCUGCACCCUCUCUCAUCUUUGCAUCGUUUCUAUUUCUCAUCACUUACUCCUCCCUGCCUGACCACCUCUCCCUCUCAUACGUCCCCUCUCUCUUCACCCCUUCUCACUCUUCUCAACCCCUCGCUCCACCCCUCCGCACCAGGUGAUGGCGCGGUACAUCGAGCCGCUAGCAGCUUGGUGCGGGACAUGGCGGCAAGUUCCGCCUCGGCUCCAAAGGCGACAUGGACGCUCCUCACCACCCCUUUUCACCCCACUCCACCGCUCCCCACCCCUCUCCACCAGGUGAUGGCACGGUACAUUGAGCCCUUGGCAGCGCGCAUGCGGGACAUGGCGGCAUACCGCAAGUUCCGCCUCGGAUCCAAAGGCGACAUGGACGCUCUAGUGCGCACCGACAAGGAGCGCGAGCCUGCCCGCAUCCCCUACUACCUCUCCCUCUCGCAUGACCACCCUGGCGCCUUCAUGCUCACUUAUAUCCGCUCUGCUUCUGUCUCCGGCCGCCCCGUGCACGAGUAUAUCACGGUUUCCCCUGAAGGGUUUCGGUUCCGGAAGCACACGUUCCCAACGCCGGACCGACUGGUGAAGUAUUUCCAGGCGCAUUUUAAUGAUCCGGUGGAGGGUGGCGAUGGGGGUGCGGGCGGGGGUGGUGGGAAAAGAGAGACGCCGCGCCGAGGAGCUUCUGGUGGUGGUGGUGGUGGUGGUUUGGCAUUGCCCCCGCCACCCCCGAUACCGGCAGGGGGGAGGGGUGGUCGGUGGGACCAGGCUGGGUCGGGUGGUUGGGGGGCUGUGGGGGGAGGAGGUGGGGAGAAGCUUGGAUGGGGAGGAGGGGCGUGGAGUGCGGGAGGUGGGGGGGAGCAGGGAGGGGGGCAAGUGUGGCAAUCUGGGGAUGGUGGUGGGAGUGGGUGGCAGAAUGCAGGUGGUUGGGGUGGCGAGGGAGGGGGAGGAGGGGGAUGGGGAGCUGGGAGUGGUGGUGGUGGGUCGGGAGGAGGGUGGGGAGCUGGAGGGGCUGAAAGGGGGGGUGGCGCAAGAACUCCACUCAGAGGCUGA